AUGAAGUUCAUCAUUCCUUCCUCCAUGCUGGCCUUGGCCGCCUCUGCUGUGGCUAUGCCCACCAGCCAGUCCGAGAAGAGGGCUACCCCCAAGAUCUACCUCGCCGGUGACUCGACCAUGGCCAAGGCCGGUGGUGGCUCUGGCACCGAGGGUUGGGGUCAGUACCUUCAGUACUCGAUCAAGAACGCCGAGGUCGUGAACUGGGCUCGCGGUGGCCGUUCGGCUCGCUCCUACACCGAUGAGGGCCGCUUCCAGUCCAUCAUCGACGCCGUCCAGUCGGGCGACUAUGUCAUCAUCGAGUUCGGCCACAACGACGGCGGCUCCCUCAGCACCACCGACAACGGCCGCACCGACUGCUACGGCAGCGGCACCGAGACGUGCACGACGCCCGACGGCACCAUCGUGCAGACGUUCGUCACGUACGUGACCAACGCGGGCAAGGCGCUCACGGCCAAGGGCGCCAAGGUCAUCGUGUCGUCGCAGACGCCCAACAACCCGUGGGAGACGGGCACCUUCACCUACACGCCCACGCGCUUCGUCGAGUACGCCAAGAUCUCGGCCCAGAACAUCGGCUCCGGUGCCAGCUACAUCGACCACGGCGCCUACGUCGGCGACAUCUUCGAGAGCCUCGGCGCCAGCACCGUCGACUCCUACUUCCCCAACGACCACACCCACACCAGCCCCAAGGGUGCUGAUGUCGUCAGCCAGGCUUUCGUCAAGGCUGUGCUCUGCGGCAAGGACGGCCUGAGCAGCUACGUGUCUAACUCGACCAGCAGCGUGGCCGGCAGCUGCUUGUAA